GUGAGUCAAAAUUCCAGCCUGUUGCCAUUAAAUCCGCGGGUCCUGAAGAAGACGACAAGCUCUUAUCUUCGUACGACGCCUGUCCACGCUAUUCCGUAGACGUUGAAGAAAAUGGCCUUGGCGAAUACGAAAAGUUCAUUAAAGGCCAAGAAAUUCAGGAUGUGAUUAAAGCCAUUGAAAAACGGCUUCGUAUCAACGGAACGCUAUCUCUUACCUUCCAAGACGUGAACACCGUAAGGAAGCUUUGCGCUUUCGGAAUAAUGAAUCACAACGAUGACAGCUGGUGUGCGUUGUUGGAUAGCGAAAAUUUAAACGUACUAAACUACGCUAGCGAUUUGGAAAAGUACUAUGAGAAUUCUUUCGGAAACGAACUAAGCUAUAAGAUAAUUUGUGUCCUUCUUGGGGAUAUUACUGACAGCCUGGACGACUUUUCAAAAGGGACUAGCGAAUUUCGUGGGGUAUUUCGGUUCGCAUCUUCAGGAACGUUGUUUUCGCUUUUGACAAUGCUGGGUUUGUUCGAUAACGGUACGGCUUUGCGCGCAGAUAAUUUUAAGCAGAGCAGUAAUCGGAAGUUUCCGUCAACCUUCGUGCCGAUGUCGGCUAAUAUCGCCUUGGUUUUAUACACUUGUAACUCGACGGAAGUAAACGGCAAAAAACCUGAUCAUAAGGUACAGGAACGUGUAUUCAGAAUAACUUUAUUUAUACUGGAUAGCUUUAUCUGUUCUAAACUGUUCUCUCUAGAGAUCCAGUAAGAAUCAUCUUCACUGAUCCAGUGUUACCACAGGAGGAAACCUAAACUAAAUUAACUUUAUUUAUACUGGAUAGCUCUAUCUGUUCUAAACUGUUCUUUCUAGAGGUCCAGUAAGGAUCAUCUCUUAUUGAUCCAGUGUUACUACAGGAGGAAACCUAAACUAAACUAACUUUAUUUAUACUGGAUAGCUCUAUCAGUUCUAAACUGUUCUUUCUAAAGGUCCAGUAAGGGUCAUCUUUUAUUGAUCUAGUGUUACUACAGGAGGAAACCUAAACUAAACUAACUUUAUUUAUACUGGAUAGCUCUAUCAGUUCUAAACUGUUCUUCCUAGAGGUCCAGUAAGGAUCAUCUCUUAUUGAUCCAAUGUUACUGCAGGAGGAAACCUAAACUAAACUAACUUUAUUUAUGUUGGAUAGCUCUAUCAGUUCUAAACUGUUCUUCCUAGAGGUCCAGUAAGGAUCAUCUCUUAUUGAAUUGAUCCAGUGGUACUACAGGAGGAAACCUAAACUAACUUUAUUUUAUAAACUUUUAGGUUCAGAUUUUGGUCAAUGAGAAACCAGUGGGUCUACCGUGUUGUCAAGGAAACCUAAACUGCAGUCUUGACGAUUUCCUGACGUAUUUUAAAGACGCUGUAGACACUUGUGAUUUCGAUACAAUGUGUGCCCUGUCGAGCACUCCAAAGGCGUUUGGUUCCAUAAUUCGCCCUGAUAUAUUGCUAAUGGAGAUCAUUUUGAUUGUUGCAUUUAAAUUAUCAAACUAA